AUGGAAUCUUUGGCAAUAAACAAUCGUUUCGUUACGCUGAACUGCAGAACAUUGUCGAGUGAACUCCAACAAACCGCCCUGCUUAGGCUUCUACGAUAUCUCUGUGUGUCCUUUGCUGCACUGCAGGAAACACGCAUGAGAGAUCGUCCCGUCAUCAGCAUCGAAAACUACACCAUAUACUGCGGCGAUGCUGAUGAGAAGGAAGUAGACGGCCCCGCGAUAGCUGUGAGAAACGAUUACAACAAUCUGGUGGAGGAAUUUUUCUCAACAUCGUCUAGAUGGGCCUUUGUACAACUGCGUGAUCGGAGAGGACGAAAACUCUUUAUAGUAAGUGCCUGUGCACCAACGGAAACCCCUGAGACCAACACUAAGGAUGCCUUCUAUGAUGAACUCAAUGCGUUGAUGUCUGAAAAACCAAGCCAGCAGGUGGUCAUUGUCGGAAUCGACGCAAAUGCGAAGAUGAGACUUGAACAACAAUGUACAAGGAGAAUGGUAUUAUGCAGCAGAGCGCACAUCGGACAAUGGCGACCGUCUACUCGACUUAUGUGA